GCUCUACACCCCUUGCAGGCAAAAUUUGGAGUGGACUGGAACAGAUAUCCUAAGCGGCUCUGGUCUCCCAUUUGACCGCUGGUACUUUGGAGAAAGUUGAAUACAGCAGCUGUACCACAGCAAUGAGCGAGUGAAGAAGACCAACACAAAAUAGAGUUCCUGAGUCAAAAUGACAGCAAUUGAGAGCAAAGAAGAGAUCAGUGACACAGACAGCGGGAUCAUUUUGCACUCUGGUCCAGAAAGCCCCACGUCGCCUGUCAAAGACUCGAGUACGCACACCAGAGCCCUCAAACUCAAGCAUCAGUCUUUGGAGGGACGUCUGGAGCUCUGCCUGCUAGAGCUCAGGAAACUAUGCAUUCGAGAAGCCGAGCUGACGGGUAAAUUACCGUCAGACUAUCCUCUCAUGCCUGAUGAGAACCCACCGCAGGUGAGAAGGAGGAUUGGCGCUUCCUUCAAGAUAGACGAAGGUCUAAUCUACCUGGAGAAUGAGGACUCCGAAUUGCACGGCCUGGAGACGGAGCUGGCUCUCCAGCGGCAGAUCUACGAAGCGGCACGUAAACUUUCACUAGAGGAUAAGCUGAGCAAGCCCCAGAAGAAGAGUCGCGUGCAGCAGUGCAAACGCGAGGAGAAGAAGGUGCGCCAGCUGCAGGAGGCCGUGUUCCAGUGUCGGAUCAGAAGCGAGUGUAGCUCGCCGUGUGUCGGCGACGCCACGCCAAAAAGCAAAGAUUCGAACAUGUCUGAUGACAGCUCACUGUCUGAUGUGGUGGCCAUGGAUGAAGACGUGGAUUUCCACAGCCCUGUCUCUGCUCUAGUGUCCAACCUGCCGACAUCCGUGGCGGAAUAUGAGCGCUCACCAAUCCAGAAUUCUCCCUGGAAGGAGUCUAGUCUAGACCAGCCUUAUCACAAGACUGUAAAACCUUUACCUGCUGGCAGCAGUAGCAACUCCAAUGGUUCAGCGGGAUCACAGAUCUCGGCAGACACCGACAGAAUUCCCCUUUCUCAGUUUAUUAAGAACUCUGCGCUGCGGCAAAGUCAUUCCGCCAGCGCCCCUUCCACUCCAGAGCUGCACGUGCGCCGACAAUACUCCCAGUCUUUCAGAUUUGCCAAGAGGAGGCCGUGCGCUGACAAGGACGGCCUCAGUUCAGAGUCCCUCAGAACGCGAACGCGCCUACCACAGCGACGCUGUGCCGCCGACUUCCUGUCGCUCUCCCCGGAGUCACCUUCACCGCGGCCGUACCGCUCCGGCUCGGAGGACGGCGGUUCCGAGCGCUCCGCCUGCUCCUUCGCGCCCACGGAGAUUCCCAAGCUCUGCCCCCCGCCGUACGGCUUCCGUUCGCCGACACCACAACUGUCCAAGCUCCCGCCCCCUUACACCAGGGUGGUGCGGACGCCCUCGUUAAAGGAGUACUCCCACCGCGCGAUGCCCUGUAGGGACGUCGUGUCAGAGGAACUCAAGUCCUGGCAUCAGCGCAGUCAAAGCCAUGACUCGGGGUCGGGCUGUGCUGAGCUGCAAGGCCCCCUGGGAGUAAAGAGCCCCACUUUACUCAUUAUGCCUCCAUUUCAUCAGGGUUCAGGGAACGUGAUUCUCCAGAGAGCAGCCGACGGGACUCCGGUCCAGUGGUUUGUUGCAGAGGACCAUGAAAUUGUCAGCCAGGUCUAGUUGGCCAAUGACACUGAAGAAUGAUACAGAAGAAUAAUUAGACCACCUUUUUUCCCUCUAUUUCUUAUUCUUUUUAAAUGUAUGGUACAACUAAAUGAAUAUUUGUUUGGAGUAAUGUCAUGAUGACAACAAAAAUAGCUCAAAAGAGCUGAUAUCUUUGCUAUUUCUCUUUGGUUUCAAUGAUGAGAACCAUUGUUUUCAGUUCUUAUAUCAACAGCCAUGAAAUUUUACUACCACAAAAAAGUGUUUCCAGACAUUUUUUUUGUUAGUCACAUGACGAUACACCUUUUUAAUAUCAACCAGGUGUUAGAAUGAACAAAACGUAUGAGAAAACAAUGUUUUUAUUUCCAAGACUUGUUGACCUAUGCUGCCCAUUUCUAUCAUUUAUAUUUAAGGUUGUAUUUAUUUAUGUUUUCAGACUAUUGAGAUCGUAGGCAAAAAUUGUACGCCUUCAGACCAGCGAACAUUUUCCACUCGUUUUUUUAAUUUAAUACUUAAUGUAAAACAUAUUUAUUUUAUACUUUUUAGCAGACGCUUUUCCAAUUUGGAGCCCACAGUCUUUCAUACAGAACUCGUAAACUUUGCACAUGAAACUUCACCAAGCAUUCCUAAUUUUUUCUAUUUAUCAACUGAAUGUUGUUGCUGAUAACAUACUGUAGACUACUAAAAGUUUGAUGUGAAAAUGUUGCUUGUUUUGUUAAAAUUUAACAUGAAGUACAUUGAAUUGAAAGAUUCCCUACUGAUGCCUUUUUUGCAGGGUUGAUUGUCCUUGCAAAUCGUUACUAACAAGGUGAUUGUAUUUUUUCUAUAUUUAUAGUAAAGAAUGUAAAAUUAAAAGCUGUGGACUUUUUUUCCUGCUUGGCUGGCAGUGUACAAAUGUGUCAAUGCCAUUGACGCAAUGGACGCCCAAUCCAUUUUUAAUGGGAGGGGCUGGCCGAGAUCAUUCCAUCCCAGUCGAAAAGGAUUGGACGUCUAGCACUGUAAAUGGCAGUGAAUGAGUAAAUUAAAGGUCUGUGGCAUUAUUUUUAGCCAACCUGCAAUGGUUCUAUCUGCCCUGAUACUGUAUUUUUGGAAGUAGGCACCUAACAAAACAUGAACAUUUUUUAUGUUUAACUUUACACUGGUUUAAAUCGUACCGGGAACAUAGGUCCUUCUCAGUAAGGAUUGGGGAAUUUUCCUCCCUCACAAACUUCUCUGUCUUGCGGGGUGCCACAAGGCUCUAUUCUAGGGCCUGUUCUCUAUGCACUUUAUCUCCUAUCUUUAGGAUCAAUUAUAAAAAAUUAUAAUAUCUCUUUUCAUUUUUAUGCUGAUGACCUGCAGCUGUAUCUGCCACUGAGACCCAAUGAACAAACUGCUCUCACUAAAUUAAUGGAAUGCAUAUCCGAUGUGAAGCAGUGGCUAGCACAAAACGUUUUACAUCUUAACGAAAGCAAAACUAAAUAUAUUACUUUUGGCACACCUUCUAUGUGGAAUGCCCUCGAGCCCAACUCUGGCACACUGGCUCCCUUUUUUAAGACAUGUUAAAAAUCUCAGCGUGAUAUUCGAUAGCAGGCUCAACUUUGAAAAACAGAUUCGUUCUGUUGUAAGAGCAAGUUUUUUCCAGCUCCGUGUUUUGGCCAAAGUGAAGCCUUUUUUUUUUUUUUUUUGUGUCACCACGACCUUGAAAAAGCAAUUCACGCUCAAGCUCAAGGCUGGACUCCAAGGCGUAGUAAGGGUCCCCGGGGGCCCCAGGCAACAAACAACAUGGGGCCCUUUGAGCGUGUGCAAGUAAGGGGGACAGUUGGACUUGGAGCAAUAGUAUAUUUAAUAAAAGUAUAAUAACGCCUCGGUCUCAUAGAGCGCUUUUUAGGACACUCAAAGUGCCCGGCUUCUACUACAUUAGGACAUAAAACUACAGUAACAUAGUACACUCACCGCUGUCUUGCUUUCUUUUCUCCUCUUCUGCCUUUUUUUCUUUCGUCGCUUCCAGAAGGAUAACUUCUCUUCAUUUUGGAUACACGCCAAUUAAAAAAAAGCCAAAUCGCCGCUCACUCUGAGUCACGUGAGGGGGGGGGGGGUGUAGAGCGAGUGAAGGGGCCCCUUGAGGAAACUCAGACACAAGGCUUUCACUGGCACUGUCGCACUUUUCGCUGCGACAGUGCAGUAAAGCUGCGUGUGCUAAAUCUGUUGGCCCUCUGGGGGCCCUUGCUGGAUGGGGGCCUUAGGCAAUUGCCUGGUUUGCCUAACGGGGCGCGACGAUUCUGGCUGAACUACUGCAACGCGCUUUAUUUUGGUCUUCCCAAGUCCUCAAUUUUUCGUCUCCAACUUGUUCAAAUUGCUGCUGCUCGAUUUUUUUAACUGAUACACCUAGACGUGAACAAAUUACCCCCGUGCUAUCAUCGCUCCAGUCCAUUUUAGAAUUGAUUUUAGACUUUUACUGUUUGUUUUUAAUUCUAUUAAUGGCCAAGCUCCUACUUACUUAUCGGAAAUUUUAACCAUCCGUAAUUCUGGCAGGACUCUUCGUUCUACCGGCCAACUUGAUUUGCACGUUCCGAGGUCCAAACCGAUCUUUUGCGGUUGCUGCCCUAAGGUGUGGAAUAGUCCCCUGAAAUCCGCACCACUAUGAAUUUGGGCCUUUUUAAAUCUCUUUUUAAAAAAACACCUUUUUACACUCGCCUUUCCCCCAGAUUAGUGUAGCCUGGUUUUAUUCUUAAGGGUUUUUCAUGUUUUCGGAUUUUAUCUAUUUUAUUGUUUUAUUUGCUGUCUGACUUUUAUCGUAAUGCGUUGUUUUGUUACUUUUCUUUUUUUCUUAAUGUCAUUGUAUAAUACUUUCCUGCCUUUUAUUUACUAUGAGCCAUGUUUGUCCAUGCUGUAAAGCACUUUGGGGACCUUUCCGGUUUUGUAAAGGGCUAUAUAAAUAAAUUUGAUUUGAUUUUGAUUUGACACAUUUUUGGGAAGGCACUACCAUUUCCAUAUAAACAUUUCAAAAGCUUAUGCCCAUUUUGUUUUCCACCGUGGGUGCCCUUUUUAUUAUCAUUCCACUAAAAUAACAAUCCAUGUAAUGAAGGAAAGAACUACAAAGAUGCAGAGCAGCAGCCAGCGGCAGCGAGCCAGGGAUCGUUGUCUUCGCGGUGCACCGUCUCUAAAGAAGAUAACUGUCAUCAAUAUCAUGAUUUUUUUUUUUUUUUGCUCUAUUUUUGAACCAUUGACUCACGUAAAGAUACGUUGACAGACGGUUGUCCUCUUCUUCUCCUUGUCAACCUUUUUCUUUGCCGACAAAUUUUUGUUCUUGUGCCUCUGCCGCGUUGCGUCAAGCGUGCAACUGAAAGGCCACCAGGAGCCAUAUGUAAGAAAUGCACUUCAAUUAUUCAUUAAAUGUCGCUGAUAUUUCAAUAGACAUGAAAGCAGUAUUGUUUUUGGCAGUCAUUUUAAUUUUCAUCUUGGUCUUUUGGACGAAAACACUUUAAUAGUCUUAGUCAUAUUUUAGUUAUUUCAAAACGUGUUCGUCUUCCGUAAGUUUUGGUUAACGAAAAUUCAGACAAAUUUCGUCUAGUUUUAGUUGACAAUUACUCAAAGUAUUUUUAUCUGUAAAAUUCAAAAGUUUUAGUGUAAAUAAAGGUUUCCAACAAUUUCGAAUGAAAAUUGACAGACGAGCACAUAAAUGUAGCAUCUACAAGGAUGUCACCAUUGUUGUGAUGAUAAUAUACACUUAGCAGGUAAGCAGUACAUUUUCAAAUAAUUAAACCCACCUGAAGGCUAUGAGUUGUAUACAAAAAAAAAAAAAAAUUAAGACAACGCUCACCACACUAAAUGCUAAUGUGAACGCUAUGCUAACGCUAUAAGUUACAUUCAGUGUGUGAUGAUCACUCAGCACAGACCUUUAAAGGCUAAAGCAACAUGACAUAUUCUUUAGCCAAAAUAAGAAAACAAAUCUCAGCAUGUGUUUUCAAAAGUCUGGAACCUGGGGAGGACACCAGUGAGUACCGUAAUUUUUGGACUAUAAACCGCUACUUUUUUCCUUCAUUUUGAAUUCUGCAGCUUAUAGUCCAGUGCGGUUUAUUUCUUGAUUUAUUUGAGAUAAUAGGGAACACUUUAUUUGACAACAGCAUCAUAGGACCGUCAUAAUUAUGACAUGACGCUCUCAUGGGCAUGAAUGAAUGCUCAUGACACGUGUCAUUAAGUGUCAUCCGGAAAAUUUUGUCACUCCAUUUAUGUCCAGUCAGGAUUUUUUACAUCCAUUCAAAAGUGAGAUCAUUUACCAGAUGACACUUAAUGACAUCUGUCAUAAGCAUUCAUUAAUGCUCAUGACAGUGUCAUGUGAUAAUAAUGAUGGUCUUAUGACAGUCUAAUGACACGGCUGUCAAAUAAAGUGUUACCGGUUAAUACCUUUUGGUGUAAACAUCUCAUAAUACAGUAAGGACAACUGCUGCUUAUAGUUCGGUGUGGCUUAUCUAUGAACAAAUGGCGUUUUCGUGUCAAAUUUGGUUGGUGCGGGUUAUAGUCAGGUGCGCCUCGUAGUCCGAAAAUUACGGUAAGUGUGUGUGUUGGGCGGACGCAGCAAGUCAAAUGAGUGACACGACCAAACACUGCUACGAUGCAGGCUAAUUACACAUACGAUAAGAAAAUGCCACACAUUGCGAACUUAUUACGAAAACUAUGGCGCAUUUUCAUCUUGUUCUCGUCUCGUCAGACGAAAACUGGCACUCGUCUCGUUAUGUUUUGGUCUUCCAAAUGUUUUUCGCUUGUCAUGGUCACGUCAUGAAAAAAUUGUUCGAAAUUGUUACGAAAACAACACUGCAUUAAAGAAAUGUUUUUGGAAAACUUUUCUCAAUAGUUAAGCCUAGAUUUUUCCAUUUCAAGCCCGUAAAAGUUGUUAGUGUUUUGAUUCUGUGUUUACUACGGAUGUCCCUGCCCCCUCGACCAAUCAGCCAAUUACGAUAUUAGUUUUGUGUCUGCAUUCAGGUUGCCAGAACGCAGUAAUCUGUAAACUACUUAAAUUAAGGCUUUUAUAAACAGUCUGAAUUAACGUUGUUGUCUACAACUCAAGCAAAAAAUAAGAAACUAGUCACGAAUCUCGAAUGAGUCAUGACAAAUUAGAACCCUACUUUCAA